AGGCUUCCCGCUGCUUCGGAAAAAGGCGGAGAUGUCUGGUUUUUAAUUCCUUUAUUUGCUUUAGGUAAAACAAAAUUGUUUACCAUUCAAAGAUGGACAUGAUAAACCAAUCCUCUGCUUUAGGUAAUGAAAUUGUUUACCAUUCAAAUUCAAAGAUGGAGAUGAUAUAUCUCUUUUCGAGCGAAAAGGGCUUGCAAGAGGUACAAGAGGAUAACGAAAUCAAUUCAAAGAUGGAGAUGAUAAAUCUCUUUUCCAACGAAAAGGGCUUGCAAGAGUUUUCUUUUUCUUCUUGCUCUAACCAAAACAACCUCGCUUCAACCUUUAGAAAAACUGUUUACAUGGAUAUGAUGAAUCAAAAGGGCUUGCAAAAGUGUGUUAAGAGAUACCAUGGUGAUAAUCUUAUAAGUCGAUUACCCGAUGACAUUCUCCUUGCUAUCCUAUCUUUCCUCCCAUUGAAAGAAGUUGGGCGAACAAGUGUUCUUUCAUCUCGUUGGAAAAACCUGUGGAGUUACAUCUCACAUCUCAACUUUGAUGACUAUAGUUCGAUGGAGAAGAUUAUGCGGGCUUCAGAAUUUCACACUGUCAGUGUUGAGAGGGAAAAGUAUGUAAAGUGGGUGGAUUCGGUUCUCCAAUCACACCGAGGCUCCACCGUGAAAGAAUUAAGAAUAUGCUUUAGUUUAGUCAAAUCAGCCACAAAUUCAAUUACCAAGUGGCUUGAAUUUGCUUUUGAGAGGCACACCGAAAAGUUGGAGUUGAACCUUUCAGAAGGUGACUUGAUUCAUGCCCAAGAUAAAACGUACGUGUUUCCUCAAGAGUUAUGCAGUUCAGACGGUCCUUACAAAUCUAGUAGACUUUUCAACUGUAAGUCCAUAAAAAUGUUGUCCUUGGGCUGUAUUCAAGUCUCUGGUGAAACUAUUGAGUUUUUCUUACGUGGCUGCCCACUGCUCGAGCAGUUAAAUGUCCGUGCCUCCAAAUAUUUGACACGUCUUGAAGUUUGCGGACCAUCCCUUGUAUUAAAGCAUUUGGAGAUAUGGGAUUGCACUUAUUUAAAAUCCUUAAGAAUUUCUGCUCCGAAACUAUCUUCACUUAGACUUGAUAAAAUAGAAGGCCUCUUGCUUGAGGACGUUCCAAUGCUUGCUAGUGUUUAUGUGACCUACGCGGAUUCUUUGAUUCCUUCUAUAUAUGUAGAGAGAUUAAUUUCUACAUUACUUUGCCGUCUUUCCCAAUUGGAGAUUCUCACCUUUGACAUUUAUUGUCGGAAGGAGCUUUUAUUGAUGCUCAAAUUCCCCCUGAUGCCUAAACUUAAGAAGUUGGUCAUCAUUGAAGGUUUACGUGGUGUGGACUCGAGUCUUCUCGGCCUAGCUAAUUUUAUCACUGCAUCUCCCAACCUGCAAGAAUUUGAGUUAAAGCAAAGGUGGCAUAAAGUUGAAAGGUCAAACAACGAGAUUCAAAAGGAAUUGAAGCACUCCCCACUGCACCAGCAUCUGAAUGUUUUUCGUUUUUUAGGUUAUUAUGGUUGCCCGAGUGACGUUGAAUUAGUCAACUACUUGUUGGAGAACUGUGUCGCGCUUAAGGAAAUCAUUGUUGAUACCCAAACUCAGCUACGUUUGGCCUACGAUCCACUUGAUUCUGAACAAUUAGAAUUGGCUGAAAUAGCAAAGGGUCACGCCAAACAGUAG